UUACCAUUAAACGUUACCCAAAAAACCGGACUGAGUGUUAGUGAGAUCAGUCAUUUGAUUUUAAGUUACUCCUUCUUGUAAUUAGGGCGAAAACAUUUGAUGAACGUUGUGAGAGAACAGAUUUCAGGUGUACGUGGGGUCGGGACGCCGACUCGUGGCUGAGCGGGUUCGGGCCGGGGCAAGGUUCACGCUCGGCCUCUGCGCUGCCGGGACUCGGGAGCCGCAGACCCACUGGCUUCCGGCGGCUCCGGGUCGAUUACCCCGCGACGGGACGACCGGGAUCUGUCGGUGGAAAUGAUCGGUGAAUUGGCAGUCUUAAAGAGUGCAGAAAAUGCCAAACAUUUCCUCAUUAUCGUGUGUACCUGUGUUGCCACUUUUGGGCACUUGUCUACCUGUACUCCAAGGAGGUUUGCAGGUCGAUUUGGUUCAGGAUCGACACCAAAAUCCAGUUUCAUAUUUAAAGGCUAUCUGAAAACACAGCAGGAAACAUGUAAUAGCUGCAAAAAAGGACGAACCUAUUACACUUCUGAUGUGGGAAGGUCAUGGACAGCCAAUAUUUGUUUCAGAAAUCACAUUCUUGGGAAAACAACUCUGUGGAUGAAGUUACUUUCCUUCCCUCACAGUUUAACGUUUAAUAGUUUGGUAAGGACGUAUUUGACAAAAGCGUAUCCUGUUUUAAAUGGGAAACUUCAUCCAAUUCAUCAACAUAUCUUUGAAUCUAAUUUAGAAAACAGUAUGAUCCACAGUAAAAGGUAUUUGGAGCUGAUGAAACGUGUGCAGAAAGGUGGAGAUGAAAAAGCGAUUCUGAGACACACACAGAGGAAUAAAAAACUUUUGGUCCGAGAACGUUUACGAUUGCUUCUGGACGAGAUCCUGGAACUGUCUCCUUUUGCUGGAAUGGGAAUGCCAUAUGGAGAUAUUCCUGCUGCUGGCUGUUUAACUGGAAUAGGUAAAGUCAGUGGAAUUUGGUGCGUAUUCAUUGCUAAUGAUGCAACAGUCAAAGGAGGGACAGUUUACCCAGUUACAGUGAAGAAACAGCUGAGAGCCCAAGACAUUGCAAUUCAGAAUGGACUGCCUUGCAUAUACUUGGUGGACAGUGGAGGAGCAUUUUUGCCACUUCAGGCAGAGAUAUUUCCAGAUGAGAAUCAUGGAGGUAGAACAUUCUACAAUGAAGCAAUGAUGUCUGCUGCGGGCAUUCCACAGGUGGCUGUUGUGUGUGGUUCAUGUACAGCUGGUGGGGCAUAUGUCCCAACCAUGGCAGAUGAAGCAGUCAUGGUGGACAAGAUUGGGACAAUAUUCCUUGCUGGGCCUCCACUAGUUAAAGCAGCAACAGGGGAAGAUACUAGCCCCGAGGAGCUGGGAGGUGCAACCUUGCAUGCAAAGUUUAGCGGUUGCAUUGAUCAUUUUGCAGCUACAGAGGAAGAAGCAUACAAGUGCACCAGGAACAUCAUAGCCAGUUUAAAUCUUGAACUUUCACCAAACAUGCCAACUGAUUUUGAAGAGCCGCUCUACGCAGCUGAAGAACUAAAUGGUCUUGCUCCAAAAGAUUAUGCACAUACCUUAAACAUCGAAUUGAUACUAAGUCGUUUGACAGAUGGAAGUAAAUUCUUGGAGUUCAAAGCUUUGUAUGGGACCACACUGGUAACUGGCUUUGCUCAAAUUAAAGGUCAUCUUGUUGGAAUUGUGGCUAACAACGGAGAACUCACGCAUAAUGCUUCAUUAAAAGGCAGCCAUUUUGUACAACUUUGUGACCAGAGAGGCAUUCCUAUCGUAUUUCUUCAGAAUACAAGACCAAAUAUUUCAAAGGCAGGGACGAUACCCAAGGCUGAAGAUGUUACGAACCAACUUAAGGCCCAAGGCUCCAUGAUAGCAUCUGUGGCAUGUGCCUCUGUUCCCAAGAUAACCAUUGUAAUUGGAGGAUGCUAUGGUGCUGAAAGUUUUGCCAUGUGUGGUAGAUCGUUUGAUCCAAACUUCCUUUUUCUGUGGCCGAAUGCCAGGAUCGGACUAGUUAACUCAAGUUACUGCUCUAAGUUCCUGGAAAAUGAUGGAGAGAUCCCAGAUGAAGGACAGUGGGAGAUCAUUAAAGAAAGGCUGGAGGCUGAAAGCUCUGCUUUUCACUCUUCCUCUCGGAUCUGGGAUGAUGGCAUCAUACUUCCUGCAGACACUCGGACGAUAAUUGGUCGGUGUUUAAAUAUCUUCAAACAGAAACCUUGGUUUCGUUCUCGCAUAGAAAGGCAGGUUAUAUUGAGAACAUAAACAUGGAAAUCGACCCAAUGAAGAAAAAAUGAAGUUGGAAUUAUGCUUUUGUUGAUGAAGGAUGGCCAGCAAGCUUAAUUUUCAAAAAGGCAUACAACAAUUAAUAUGACAUACUACUUAAUAAAAUAUUAACAGUCAAUCACCUGGUGUGGGAUUGUGCUGUGGAAAGAUUUUGGUGAAAUAGGUGAAGUUUGAGAGACUAGAAACUUUUAUGUAAUAUUCCCUGAUGGAACUCCAGAAAAUGAUCACAUCCAGAUUUAUCACUUGCCACAUUGGAAUUUGAAUUCAGGAUUGGUUCUGCAACUCCACUACACUACUUUAUCCUUUUUAACCAAGUCGUAAUUCAAGAAUCUGUUUAUCAGACUUGAAUACGUAAUGACAAGUUGGAUGAAGUGGUGAGGGUAACCAGAGACAAACACCGCAGUACUAGAGAGAAACUUGUUAUAGAUCAACAAAAGAUUAUAUUUUUAAACUUUUGAGUAAUGCGGAAUAUUUGUUAUCAAUAAAUUUGUAUAUGUACUGUCACUGAAGGAAUACAAAGAACUUUAAUCUCAUA